CCGGAAGUUGUCAAUCGUUUGCUUUCAGGAAGCGGUGCAUCAUCGUCAGCGCUUUCACAACAACAAGGCGGACAGGGGCAAAAACAUCGACCUGCCCGCGAGAUAAUUGCUCUCUUUUCAUACUUGGAGUUCUGAAAAAUGGACAAAUGAAGUGACCACCAGGAUACAAUGUCCUCAUUCCAGGUGGUGGAUUCCUCACCUGGCAGCAGUGUCAGUAUUAUGGAAACGUCCAACUUUGCCCACGUCAUCUUCCAGAAUGUUGGCAAAAGUUUCCUGCCCCAGGCACCCCUGGAGUGUCGCUACACUCUCACCCCUUACAUCACCCCUCACCCCAAAGACUGGGUGGGCAUCUUUAAGGUGGGCUGGAGUACAGCCAGAGAUUACUACACCUUCCUGUGGUCCCCUAUGCCUGAAAACUAUGAACCAGGAAGUACAGUGCACAGGACAGUGGUGUUUCAAGGUUAUUAUGUUCCCAAGUCUGACGGGGAGUUCUACCAGUUCUGUUAUGUCACACAUGCCGGCGACAUCAGAGGGGCCAGCACUCCUUUCCAGUUCAAGUCAGCCACGCCUACUGAGGAGCUGCUGACUGUCACAGAGGACGACAGCAACUCGGACAUACUGGUGGUCACCACCAAGACGGGUCUGCUGGAGCGUGUGGAGGAGGCCCAGCAGGAGCGCAGGGAGCUACUGAAAGCCAUGCGGGUCCUCCAGGAGGAAAAACAGCAGCUGCAGGAUGAGCAGAAGCGACUUGCCCGGGAGCGGGAGCAGGAGAGGGAGACAUGCUGCCUGCUGCGGACGCACAACCAGGAGCUGCUGCGUUCCUCACAGUCCCUGUCUGAGGAGCGGGAGGAGGUGAGGAGGAGGCUGACUGAAGCCACGGAUCGAGUUCGCCAGCUGGAGGAGGACCUGCUGGGAGUCACACAAAGAAGCCUGCAGAAGGAGACUGAGCUGGACUGUCUGCGUGAUCGUCUGAAGAAGCUGACAGCAGAGCGAGACGGUUUGGAGAUGCAGCUGAAGAACGAGAAGGAUGAGAGGGACCUCUACAAGGCCCACCUGCGCAGCACUGAGCUGGAGAACACCAAGCUGAGUGCUGAGCUGCAGAUGCUAAAGGCAGUGGAGCUGAACCGAGAGGUGACCAUUGCUCAGUUCCAGGAGGAGCUGGAGAGGCUCAGGAGCUGUGUGGCCCAGCGUGACAGUCUGGAGAAAGAGCUGCUGACACUCAAAGCUGACAAGGCUGAGCUGGUGCGUGUGCGUGAGCAGCUCCGUCAGGCCGAGGAGCAGCUUGCUGCGUCCAGGCAGCAGGCUUCCCUGCUGGCCUCGGAGCUUCGCGACUCAGCCAGCUCCCGAGACCACUCCAUGACAGAGCUGUACCGUGCCCGAUUGGAGGUGGACAAGCUACGUGCCAGCCUGGCUGAUGCUCAGGCCGAGUGUCAACGUAUGGAGAGCCAGUUAGACCGCAUGAGGAGCACCGCUCACAAGGAAGUGGGUGUUGGAACCAAUGGCGAGGUAGCACCCGGCACGCCAAUUGUGUCGGAUGUAGAGGCUGAGCUGCAGAGGGAGGUCGAGGAGCUGAAGCUGCGCCUCCACAUGGCUGCCGAGCACUACAAGGAAAAGUACAGAGAGUGCCAGCGGCUUCGCAGGCAGGUGGCCAGACUGAACACGAGCGAGUCGCAGACGGAGCAGAAGAGAAAUGCAUCCACUGAGACUGCUUUGGAGCCAAUCACCCCAAGUCCAGAAUCACCCACAGGAGGAAGUAUUGCCACAGUGGGCCUCCAAGAGACUGCGGCUGAGGCAGUCAGCGCUGAACUUGAGAGCCGUGAAUGUACACAAAGUAGCACAGAGAACGAGGAGAAGCAGAGCGAUGACACGUCGACGGGGAAAGAAGUGAACCAGGAAGAGGGGGGCCAAGAACACGACGCAAGGCGGGAGGACAGCCUGAGGAUGACCAGCUGGGUGGAAGUGGAGGGCAACGGCGAGGCGGAACAACAGCCGGAGGAGGAGGAGGAGGAGGGCAUUGUGGAGGAGGUGCCGGCGAGCAGCACAGAGGGGGAAACGUCAGAGACGGAGCAGACCCACUCGGUGGAGGAGGAGCUGGCACUGAUGGAGGAGAAGUGGAGGGAGCAGUGCGCCAUCAACGAGACUCUCAAACAGCGUCUGGCCAAUGAGGAGGAGCGAUUUAGAGUACAGAUGGCAGAGCGGACCAGUGAGGUGAUGGAGCUCAAACGCAACCUUGCCCAGGCUUUGAAAGACAAGGAGCGACUGCAGGAGGAGUUGCAUCUCUUUGUGAGUCAACAAAGGGAGCGUGACGCCCGCAGUGAAGGCACUGAGGUGAAGCAGCCCAUGGUGCUGCGUUAUCCGCUGCCAUACCCGCAGGACCCGUCACCACCCCCUCUGGUACCACAGAGACCUGCUGAGCUGCAGUUUGGUAACCCCUAUGCUACUGAUGCCACAAAAGAACAGGAAGGAGAGGUUGCACUUUCCCCUGAGCAAAUGUUACGCCCUCCACCUGAGGCCCCGCAUUGCGCCACUCCCUGCGCUCCGCCAAUCACGCCCCUAAACCCGAGCCCUGUUGCACCAGGCUGGGACAGGGAGGUGGUCUGCAGCCAGCCGACACGCAGCGCCACCCCCCCGGAGACUGUGGACAUGCCACCUGCAGAGGACCCACAGAAUGUUCGUGAUGGGGCUCAGCCAGCUUGUGACCAUCAACCCAACAGACGUGCUGAAGCCAGAAGCAGCUUCUGCUUUGACGCAAGUGGUGACAUCCACAAGCGCUGCCCCCUCUGCGAGGUCAUCUUCCCGCCGCACUUCGAGCAGCGCAGCUUCGAGCAGCACGUGGAGAGCCACUGGAAGGUGUGUCCCGUCUGCUCCGAGCAGUUUCCCCUCGACUGCCAGCAGCGCCUCUUCGAGAGGCACGUCCUCACACACUUUGACGGACACGUGCUCAACUUUGAUCAGAUUGAGUGAUGGCCGCAGCAUGGCCCCUCCCUCCCUCAAACGUGGUCAGUUGUGUCAUUCAUUCCGUGUACAAUCAUCGGCACUUCUUUGCAGGUAGAACGUGGCGAGCGACUUCCCCACAAAUAGGUCUGCUUCCCUUUCUUUACUUUAAUGCUCAUCUUUGUUGCACCACGGUAGUGCAUGUGAAUACUCUUCUAAUUGUCUGUAAAGAAAGAACACAAUUGUGUGUAUUUUGAAGUGUAAAAGCAGAGUGGGGUAUAACGGACUUGGUAGCUUCCAAAGGGUAAAAAAAAAAAAUGUAUCUGCACUAAAUGAGGCUUUAUUCUGAAUGUAAUGUACAUAUGGACGUGUGUUUUGUCAGAAACGACUACUGGCGUGCACUUUCUGCUUUAUGUUGAGGUGAUCGGAAGACACUUUGAGUCAAGUAUGACCAUACUCCAUAAAAAGUGGUGUGUGUGUAGACACAUUAAAGCUCACGAAUGAAUGUAUGUGUACCUACAUUGUCACAUAAUCACUGCUUUAUUCUGACCGUGUUAUUUAUUCAGGCUUUACAAAUUGCACACUCAAUCACAAGGCCUACGUGUGUGUGUGUCUGUGUGCGUGUGAGAGUAUAAGUGUGACUGUCAAAAAUAUCUUUAUGAAUAAAGAAGCUUAUCCAACA